UAGGGGGCGAUGUGCAUCUAUAACGCUGGUGACGACCCGCCAUUAAAUGAAGAAAAAGAAAAACUUUGAUGACGACAUUGCAAGAGGGAAAUAUAAACGGACUCGCCUGUCUUCAAUAUUAAACGAAAGUUGAAAGCAGUAGAAAAAAAAGGAGGAUGCAGAGAGCUUCCCGUUUGAAGAGAGAACUUCAGAUGCUGAGCACUGAACCUCCUCCAGGGAUCACAUGUUGGCAGACCGAAGAACGCAUUGACGACCUGCGUGCUCAAAUAGUUGGUGGAGUGGAAACUCCGUAUGAAGGUGGAAUCUUUUCCCUGGAGGUCAAAGUUCCAGAGAGAUACCCAUUUGAGCCUCCCAAAAUGAGAUUUUUGACACCCAUCUACCAUCCAAACAUUGAUGGUUCAGGACGUAUCUGUCAUGACGCCCUCAAACUCCCACCAAAGGGAGCAUGGAAACCCUCCCUAAACAUCUCAACAGUCCUUACCUCCAUCCAACUUCUGAUGGCAGAACCAAACCCUGAUGACCCUCUAAUGGCUGAUAUAGAACCGUCAAGUUUCUGGAUGGCCGCUCCACCAUCUGAGCAACGCCUCCCCUCAGGAAGGUAUACAUACAGCAUCAGAGUUCAGAUACAACAAACAGAUGUUUAUGCAGAAGGCCAGGAAAUGCACUGAAGAACAUGCGGUUCAGAAGACCACGACAAUCUUGGAGAUCAGCCAAAACAAUGUACGAGAGAAUGAAUCAUCGCGCAAAAGGGAAGCUUCCGGUGCACAGAAGGAGAAAGGCAAGCUAGCAAAGAGAACAUGUGUAUAGUGGCAACCACCUUGUUAAAGCCAUGUGCCGCUUUACUUUUGAGAGACGUGUAUUUUGCAGUUUAUUUGCAUUAUUUUAUUGAUACAUUUUCACAAUCAUUCACGUACCCAUAAUAUACAGUAGCUACAUAUGUACAGGUAUUUGCAUGUUUGUGUUUUAGUAAAUAUUAAAAAAAUACAAAGGAG